UGAAACAGGAAAUACAACUUUACUCGGGCUCGGUGAGGUUCUUUAAGUACAGGUUUGAACGCCCUAAGCACGUAACGCCCGUCACAACUUGACUGAAAUAAUAUUUCUUAAACCUUUAAAUCGAACGUGUCUCGGUGCACGUUGAAGCGACUGCAUUAGUCUUAGCAUUAGCAUGUGUUCAUUUGCCGGCUGUACACCGAGACGUUUUUUUUAAUGGGGACGUGAGUGUGCGGGUAAAGUGUUGCGAUCGUCGUGUUUUCGAAAAUGUGCUAAAAGAGGACGGCAGAGCGAUUGGGGGAACUCUGCGGACCUCAAGAGGAGAGCGAGCGACGUCAGCAUCUGGACGCUGAUUGCAAGAUGUCUUCAAUGGUGCGACACGCGACAGGCACCAGUGAAAAAGCUCUCAAUUCCCAGCAACAGGAUCCAGAGUCCCCCCACGUCAAAGAGGAAGAGGAGUCACUCAUUUACAUUAAAGAGGAGGAGCCGGAUUACCCUCACAUGAAAGAGGAAGUGGAGACCACCUAUGUCAAAGAGGAGGAAGAUGAGUCCCUCUGCAGUGACGAAGAAGAAAAAGCGCUCACCAACUUUCCUUUGACUUGCGUCAUUGUGAAGAGUGAAGAAGAUGAAGGUGAAAUUCAGAGUGAGGAAAACAGAGGGGCGGAGCCUGCAAGCAGUACCUUAAAUCAACACAAAGCAACAGAAGGUGACCACUGUGGAGGAGCGCAAUUGGAUGACCUCUUGGCUCCACUAACUGAUACUGAUGACAUAACGUCACACUCUUCUGACACUAAUGUGGAUGAUGACGAGGAGGAGGAAGAGGAGGAGGAGGGCGGCACUGGGGUGAAACCUUUUGCCUGUUCAGUUUGUUCAAAAAGAUUCUCACAAAAAACAACUCUUGUAAACCACAGUAGAACGCACACAGGGGAGAGACCUUUUGCCUGUUCCAUUUGUGAUAAAAGAUUCAUCGAGAAAGGACAUUUGAUACGGCACACGAGAACACACACUGGCGAAAAACCUUUUGCGUGCUCAGUUUGUGGCAGGCGAUUUGCUGUGAAGAUAGAUUUGAUCAGACACACAAGAACGCACACCGGGGACGAACCUUUUGCCUGCUCAAUUUGCAGUCGGCGAUUCACUUUUAAGACGUACCUGAUAAGACAUACAAGAGCACACACUGGGGAAAAGCCUUUUGCCUGCUCAGUUUGUUCAAAAAGAUUCUCACGAAAAACAAAUCUUGUAACCCACAUUAGAACGCACACAGGGGAGAAACCUUUUGCCUGUUCCAUUUGUGAUAAAAGAUUCAUCGAGAAAGGACAUUUAAUACGGCACACGAGGACACACACUGGGGAAAAACCUUUUGCGUGCUCAGUUUGUGGGAGGCAAUUUGCUUUGAAGAUAGAUUUGAUCAGACACACAAGAACGCACACCGGGGAGAAACCUUUUGCCUGCUCAAUUUGCAGUCGGCGAUUCACUUUGAAGACGUACCUGAUAAGACAUACAAGAGUACACACUGGGGAAAAACCUUUUGCCUGCUCAGUUUGUGGCCGACAAUUCACUAUGAAGACAGAUCUAAGUAGACACACAAGAACACACACUGGGGAAAAACGUUUUCCCUGCUCACUUUGUAGUCGACAAUUCACUUUGAAGUCAGAUUUAAAAAGACACACAAGAACACAUACCGGAGAGAAACCUUUUACCUGUUCAGUUUGUGGAAAAACAUUCUCUAGAAAAAUAAACCUAACAACACACAAAAGAAAACACACCGGGGAGAAAGGUUUUCCUUGCUUAGAUUGCGGUAAAAGUUUUACCUUGAAAGUGCGUUUGGAAAAGCAUGCAAGACGACACACUGGAGAAAACUCUUUUAUUUGCUCAGUUUGUAAUAAAAGUUUCUCCAGAAAGUCACAUUUAACAAUGCACGCAAAAACACACGCCAAAGAGAAAACUUAUUCCUGCUCAGUUUGUGGUCAGACAUUCUCGCAAAGGGGACACUUUACAAAUCACACAAGAACGCACACUGGGGAGAAACCUUUUCACUGCUCGGUUUGUGGGGAGAGAUUCACCUUUAAGAAAAAUUUAACAACACACACUAGAACACACGCUGCACGGAAACAUUUGGGGAACGACGACUUCUCCGCUGAAAUGAAAACCCACCCGCCUACUUACACACUCAAGUGUGGAGAUCCAAGGGAGGCAGGUUAGAACAAACUUUGAUGCUAAGAUAAAUGUUUGGAGCCACGUUAAAGUGAGCUGCAGACUGGGAGACGCAUGGUAGGAGACCGACACAACCAAAGGCUUGGGGGGGCUGGUGGUGGGAGUUGCGCACGUCACAUCUGUUCCUGCCACUCCCCAGGGCUCUGGGAGCAUGGGAACCUCGAACCGAAAACAGCGCUUGUCGGGGCCUUCCCAAAGUGCACUUCAUUUAUCAAUCGAGCAUCCAGAGACUGGCGAACACACGUCACAUUCCCGCAACUUCGCACUCUCGUGAGAGACCUCAAAAUGGUGGGCGCCAUAAGCGAGUACACCAAGGUUACUGUAGUUGUGAUGUUGAAAACAUAGUUUUGGGAAAUACUUUGGAUUAUUAUUCUUUUGAACUCUUUCAUGCACGCUGUAACCUGAUGCUAACAUGAUAAACUGUCCACUCUAGUAACCGCUGUCUCUGAAAAGGUUAAUCUCAGUCAAUAUAUGUUUUGAUUUGACUUUAACUCUGUUUAUUUACCACAUACACUAGUCUGAUUUCUUCACAGCAGUGUCUGGGCAUGUUUUUCAAUUACCUAAAAAAAAACAACCCAAAAAGUUUCAAAUGCAAACAGCUCAAAUGCAAUGGACAAUGGAGAAAGAUGAUAAUUGGGACACCUGAGGACCUCUGUUCUCUGCUUCAGAGGCGUCUAUAUACUCCUGAGAAAAAACAAACAGAUGUAGAGGCUUGAGGGGUGGUGAGGCGGGCGAGUGGGC